UGAUAAGUCAAGGAGAGAGGAUGUCGCGUCCCUAACAAAACUUGUCUACGUAUUCAACUACGCGGAGUUGUGAACUUUUAAUUAAAAAUUAUUAACUAAAGUUGAUAAGUGUUAAAGUGAUCUAGAAUUAAAAGUGGUUGAAGUGAACAUUGAAAUAAGUUAAAAAUUGAAAAAAUAUAUAACAUUUUGCUAACAAAAUGUGUAAACACAUGGUUACCGGGCUUCUUGUCAGCUUGAUUUUGACUUCAGCGGGAGCCAAUGAGAACUGCAACAAAGACAUGCUGCAGCGAUGCGCCAUGGACCUGCCUGUGCUAAACUCGCCGGAGAUCUCCUUCGCCUUAACUAGAGAAGAACUAGACAAGAGUUGCAUAAAACUCCACUCCGGCAUAACCUGCAUCGACAACUACACGAGCGCCUGCAUGUCCCGACACGAACAGACAGUCUUCCGCAAAAUCUACUCCGGGAUCAGCGAUGGCAUGAAGGAACUCUGCACUCCUGGAGCAUACCAAGACGAGUACUUGAAGCACGCGCGCUGCGUCAAGAUCUUCUGGGCUGAUUAUGAAAAAUGUAGCCAGAAAUAUGAGGUUACGCUCACGCAUCUGAAUGACCAUCAGAAGAAUGAGCAGUAUUCUACGGACCAGCGGGAUAUCAGUACUAGCCAUGAGGAUUAUUUGAGGACAGUUUGCUGUUCAUUCCAGGAGUUCAUGUCGUGCUCCGAAGAGACAGUGCAGAGAACGUGUGGUGAUGAGGCAGCCGUGUUCACCAGCAAGUUCCUCAAGCAGAUGGCUUCCAACAUUAUAAAGAAUUUCUGCUACGAAUACCGGGACAAAGAAUGCACCGCCCCAGGAAAAGCCAGCGCAACGUUCCAAAACCUCCAACUAGUUCUCAUCGCCCUUUCGGGGCACCUCGCGUUGUAUCUCGGGAACCUAGUACCAACGUAAACUGACCUAAAACAAAUUUAGGAAUCGAAUUUUGAAAUUAGAACAUUCGUGCGUGUGUGAGUGCAGUGAACUGUAAAUAGUGAGCGAUGAUGAUAGUGUUUUGUUAACUUAAUUUUAUGCAUCACUUCGAAUUAGAAAAUUAAUUAAUUAAUUUGCGCAUGCAAUGCGUCUAUUGCCUAGUGUUAUAAGAUAUGAUUUAAGAUCAUUAUAAAGCAUAAGCCAUAUCGAAAAUUACUUCAACAAAUAAACAUUUUACGUCGAUUUUGU